GUGGGGUACUACAGCUUCCAUGAUGAGGAAAAUAAGCUCCAUUAUCAACGGUGAUAUCAUAACUACUUUUGACAAUUCAGAACUUAUAUAUUUGCUACCCCACCACCCUUCGUCCCUGUCGCACGACUACUGUACUAUCAAGAAACGUCAAACAUCAUGCCUCAACUCGUAGAAAAGCAGGUUGGCGAAUUGGGCUACGGGCUUAUGGGCCUGACAUGGCGCCAGAGUCCACCUCCACAGGAACAGGCCUUCGAAGCCAUGCGCACUGCGCUCUCUCUGGGAGCCACUUUCUGGAACGGCGGCGAGCUGUACGGUCCACCGACAGCCAACUCACUCCAGCUGCUGAAUGCAUACUUUACCAAAUACCCAGGCGACGCCGACAAGAUUGUUCUCUCGAUCAAAGGUGGCUUGGUACCGGGGAAGAUGAAUGUCGACGGCAGCAAGGAAAAUGUGCAGCGCUCCAUCGACGAGUGCUUGAAGCAACUGGAUGGCAAAAAGAAGCUCGAUCUCUUCGAGUGCGCAAGAGUAGACCCAAACACUCCAAUCGAGGAGACGAUCUCGUACAUUGCGGAAUAUGUCAAGGCGGGAAAGGUUGGCGGGAUCAGCUUGUCAGAGGUCAGCGCAGCCUCGAUAAGAAAGGCACAUGGUGUGCAUCCCAUCUCUGCGGUGGAGGUGGAGUAUUCAUUGUUUGCGCUGGACAUUGUAGACAACGGAGUAGCAGCAACCUGUGCGGAACUGAAGAUUCCCAUCGUAACAUACUCGCCCCUCGGACGAGGGUUCUUGACGGGUCGCUACAUGAAAUACGACGAUCUCGAGCCCGACUCGAUGCUACGUCACUUCCCGCGUUUUCAGCCGGACGUCUUCGACGAGAACGUGAAGCUCAUACACGCCGUCAAUGAUCUGGCGAAGAAGAAAGGCGUCACCCCAGCGCAAAUUGCCCUGGGUUGGGUUUUGUAUCAAAGUGGCAAAAAGGGCAUGCCAGUGCUCAUUCCGAUCCCAGGAGCCACCACUUCGGCAAGGAUUGAGGAGAAUAUGAAGCCGGCCAAGCUUGAUGCAGAGGACAUGCAGGCUUUGGAUGAGAUUGUCAAGAAAUUCCCGCAGAAAGGAGAACGAUACCCUGCGGAGCUUAUGAAGCUUGCGUGGGGAUAAGCUUGAGAGUUAUUUAUCUAGAAACAGCUGUUAGCAUGAUGUAUGCAUUGUUGCUGCUUCAAUGUGUGUGGAGAAUAGACUGUCAGAUAAAAAGUAGUGUAUAGAGUAAUCCGCACUCGAUACUGCCGUGAAGCAGAACCGU